AUGAAAUCGUUAAAAAAUAUUGAAAAAUUACUUACGCCGUUGGCAUCGGAUAUUAUUCGAAAAAUUACAUUUAUUGAACAAACUCUAACUUAUUCCGAAGCAAUGAGAUCAUUAACAAUGUCAAAUCUGUACUUGUGUGCACCAGAAGGAGAUUUCAUUCUUGAUCAAUUAAAUUUUUUUAAUCAAAAUAAUAAAGACAACAUUGAAAUGCGGGGAUGUGCAUCGGCUUUAUUUGAUGGUCAAAGAACAACCCGUUCUACUUACCAUAGCGGAACCAUUAUUGAAGACGAAACGUUAUCCAUUUAUGUAGGAUCGACUGGUUCGAAAUGGUCGAAUGUUUUGAUGCAUAUAAAUGAAAAUUUAACUACUGAUGGCUUCCAUUCACGUUUUUUAUUUCAUUGUUUAGAACCAGCUGCUAUAAUUGACGCUCCUCGAGCAACUACAUCAUACGAACAACUUGUUGAACGUCGUGGAGCUGAAUUGGAAAAAUUUGUUGCUGAAACAGAAACUGUUAUAAACAUAAAAUUUGGACCAUCAUUAAGUAUUUCAAAUGAACGUGAUACACCACCAACAAAUGUGCAAACGAAGUUAAUAAUAAGUAAACAAACAUGCGAAGAAGCAGUACAUAUAUUUUUAAAAAUAUUUAUGCCUCAACACUUUAUCAUAAUGAAUCAUCAUUUAUAUGAUGGUACGGAUGAAACAUAA